AUGAUAGCCCUGGGGCUAGUGACACUGACUUCACCCAGAGUUAAUAUUUCCAAUGCACUUACGAUGAGCAUGCCGGAGGAUCUGAAUUUGUAUGGCGACCGGACCAACGUCGCUCUACUGGUCUUCUAUAUUCCCUAUAUUCUUUUUGAAGUCCCCUCCAAUAUCGUCAUGAAGAAGCUGAAGCCCCAUGUGUGGCUGUCGGGCUGUAUUGUCGCCUUUGGCGUUGCCAUGCUGGGCCAGGCCUUUGUCAAGAACUAUGGGGGUCUCAUUGCGACGCGCUUCGUGCUUGGAUUGGCUGAGUGCGGUAUCUUCCCUGGAAGUUUCUACCUGAUCAGUUUCUGGUACAGGCGCGCCGAAGCACAGAAGCGAUUCACGAUGUAUUGGUCCGCCGUCAUCUUUGCCGGUGCCUUUGGGGGCCUCAUCGCCUCCGGGAUUGCCAAAAUGGAUGGGAUGCGGGGUCUGGAAAACUGGCGAUGGAUCUUUUUGCUGGAAGGCGUUGCCUCUAUCCUCGUCGGUAUUAUUGCGUUUUUCUUAUGCGCUGAUUUCCCGCAGCAGGCAUCGUGGCUCAACGAAGACGAGAAGAAGGCCGUCAUAGCGAAGACCCAUAACUAUGAAGGUGAUGAUGUCUCCAUCACUAAAGCCGAUCUGUGGGAAUCCUUCAAAGACGCCAAGAUAUGGCUGGCUUCAUUCAUGUACUUCUGCAUUGUGGUUCCCAUCUACGCCUUCUCUUACUUUGCCCCGACGAUCAUCAAAGCUCUCGGAUACAAUACCAUCCAGACCCAACUGCACAGCGUGCCGCCCUUUGCCGCUGCACUCGGACUCUGCGCCGUCGUCGCCUAUCUUUCAGAUCGAUGGAGGAUCCGCCUCCCAUUCAUUCUCUUCAGUGAUCUGCUGAUCAUCAUUGGCCUGGCGAUCAUGUUGACGAUGCACGGCGCGAGCCACUUUUCCGCCGAGUAUCUUGGAAUCUGCUUCAUCACCAUGGGCGCCUUCACGGGCGGGGCCGUGAUCAUCUGCUGGACCAUGAUGAACAUGCAGGGCCAUAAGGAGCGUAGUAUUGGCUCUGGUCUGGUGAUUGGCAUUGGCAAUGCUGGCGGCAUUGUGGCGGUCUUCUGUUUUACCAAAGAUGAUGCCCCCUUGUAUAAGCGCGGGUACUGGAUUCUGAUGGGUGUCACCCUCGCCGGGACGGUUUUGACGGCAGUGUACGCCCUGAUUGUGGAGCGUGAGCGCCGCCAUCAGCUUCGUGUGGAGGGGAUUACGGACAAGGAGAAGAUUUUGUCACUCUAG